AUGUCCCACCACCACUCGGCCGUCACGCUCCCGGCGUCGUACCGGCUGCCCACACACAUGGUCUCGCCGUCGACGCGAUGCGGGUCACGCCGGCAGGGCGCACUUCCGGUCCAUGUAGGCGGCCUGCCGGUACUGGUCGCCCGAGUUCUACAAGCCGGCGCCGGCCUUCUCCCCGUGCCGCUCGCCGCUCGCCCCGCGCGGAGAUCAGUGCUGCCGGACGCCGACGGGCAAGGGGAGCGAGCUGAAGCAGGCGGCCGUAACGUGCCCUCCGGCGCCGAGGAAGCCGCGGGCGCUGGCAGCGCCGUGCCGGAAGCAGCUGUUCGAGGUGGAGGUGUCCAGAGAGACGACGCGCGACUGGCCGCCGACGUCAACCCCGGCAAGCUCGACCCCAUGGACAACCACAUCUCGUUCCAGUGCGAGGACAUGGGCGCGAUGGAGAAGAGGCUGAAGGAGAUGGGGAUCAGGUACAUGAAGAGGACCAUCAACGAGGAGGAGGGUUCGCCGAUCGACCAGCUCUUCUUCAACGACCCCGACGGCUUCAUGAUCGAGAUCUGCAACUGCGAGAACCUUGAGCUCGUCCCCGCCGGCGCGCUUGGCCACCUCAGGCUCCCCCGCGACCGCCACAACCCGCCUCUCCGGAUGGAUGGCGGAGCUCGCUGAGCACACGGCAGGCAUGGUGCGAGGGACGGCGCCAGGGGCGCCCGGCCCGAGCCGCUCCCUCUCCGGCGCGCUCAAACUGUUUGAUGAAAUGUCAAGCUCAACCUGAUGGCUGUUAAAUUUUGUUGUUAACGCUGGUAAUCAUAUGCAAGUAUGCAACCAAACACCGGUGAAAAUUGCAUCUCGAUGCCAAGACCCCUAAUGCAUGCA